GGGAUGGGCUACUGGGACAAGGUCAACGUGUGUUACAGUGAGGAGACUACUGCCGCAGAUGGUGCCUUUGUGUUGUUCUCCGCCGUUCUCAUUGCCCUUAUGCAAAGUCAGUAACAGCAGCAGGGAAGGAGGCCAUGCCUUUCGCACAUUGCUGUGGGUCACGCAGUGGGCUUUGGGUUUGUGGAGCUGGCAUGCGUCAGCACAAAGAGUCGAGUCAACAUUUUUCUCAAGGUAAGCAAGCUGCACCCCAUGGCGCAUGGCUUCUCCCCUGAAUCAUCCUUGCAUGGUUGGGUAUUGUCCUGUCGGGUCUGUGCAGAACCUGAUGGACUUUCUUCUUUCGGGCUUCGGCUGGUGGUAUACAUUGUGGCCUGAUGACGAGGGAGGGCAUUUCGGCUGUUUCAUCUUUGUGUAUGUUUUCGUCCGUGUAGGAUUUUUGGCUAUGCGAUAGCAAGUGGCAGUAAGCUGUCGCUGGAAUGGGAGGACCCGCUCGGCUUCUUCUUUGGCCUCACCUUUGCCGGUCACCACAUGCGAUCUCUACAGAACACGUCAUGCAGUGACUCUCCGUUCCUCUGCAGCGACCGCGGGAACAAUCGAUAGUGGUGCACUCGCUGAAAGGUAUCAAUGAUCUGCUGCACAAUGGCUCACUUCAUCUGCUGAACACAUCUGUCAUGACUGUCUUCCGUCAUGAUCUCUCAGGAUCAACUUCAACUCUUAUCAGCUGCUGACCUUUUGUAUUGCUUCCUUCAUCUAUGCGGUGCACAGACAAGACAAGGCGGCACUGUUUCCUGCAUGUGUCCAAUCUGUCUGCAUGUGUAUGGUCACAGGGAGCAGCCUGGGCUGUCUGGCACGACGAUGGUGAGAAGAAUGAUCAGGCUCUCUGCUGCAGCAAAUUAUCCUCUCGUGUCUCCAGGCAUCUUGUCCAAAAUGGGCUACACAGAUUUUGCUGGGGGAGCCACGAUACACAUGCUCGGCGCCGCCAGCGCUCUCGCAUCCUGCGCUUUACUCGGCCCCCGGAUCGGUCGCUUCACCGAUUAUAAGCCGUGGACACAUCCCAACUGGCUGCGAGUAAUCCGGUAGGUCUACAAAUGCUGCCAGACGCGGCAGACAAUGCUCUUCGAUUUUGGCCGCUCGUGCGUUUAGUCGUUCGCAGGAUCCUGAAGACUACCUCGCUCCCCCGACUGGGACGGAGAUCGUGCCCGUCAACGACGCUGUGUCUCUGAUGAUCGGCACGGUAAGCUUAAACACACAGCGGUUAACAAUCGACGCCGUGUCACGGCUGCCCUGUGUGAAUCCCUCAACGACGCUCAGCUGUACCUGACCAUCUGCUGGUACGGGUAAGCUGACACACACACACACACACACACACACCGCCUCAACCAACACAUUCAUCAAGUCUCCCUCAUCUGCAGAUUCAAUUGCGGGUCAGUCGGGCGCAUCAGCGGCGGAGCGGACAUCGUUGUGGGCCAUGUGGCUGUGACGACCACCCUCGGCGCCUUUGGGGGAGGGAUCCCAUCAGUCAUCUACGGCCGGAUGUUUAAUCAAAACGCGAAUGUGAACCCUGGAGACGUGAGCAUGGCAGACAGAAAGGGAGAAACAACCGAUGGACGAAUGCAUUGCAGGUGUGUUUGGGCAUCCUCAGUGGGCUGGUUAGCGUCACGGCGGGAGCGCCCUACUUCACCACAACAAUGUCGUUUAUCAUCGGCACCAUCGGCAGCGGACUCGCCUUCCUCACCGUCCGACUGCUGGAAGCAUUCCACAUCGAUGAUGUCGUGCUCGCAAUACCGGUACACCUGCAUGCAUCAGUCUGCCUGCACCCGCACGAGAUGUCAAGCGUCAUCAGGUUCAUGGCACUGCGGGGUUCUGGGGCGCGGUGGCGAUCGGCUUCUUCGGCGUCGAAUGGAAGGAGUGCGACGAGGUGAGAAUGCAGAAGAUGCAUCUCCUUCAUCUUCGUCCGAGUCUUGUCUCGCCCACAGCUGGUGCUGGUUGGUCUCUUCUACGCCUCCGCCAAUGACCUGCCGACCGCAUGGAAGACGCUCAGGGUGCAGCUCGCCGGUCAGAAAUGACACCGGACGAGCGGAGACAUAAGUCAUGAUAUCUGUGUGUGUCCUUGGUUGGUCCCAAUAUCCAUCAGGCACGCUGCUUAUAUUUGUGUGGGCCGCGGGAACGACGUGGCUUGUGUGUGCGCUAUUUAACCAGUUCAAGCCGACGAGGCUCCGCAUAGACCUGGAAGAGGAGCUAGAAGGCCUCGAUGCUGCACACGGUCAGGCUGAGACCUCUGUGCGUCGCGAAUACGAGAGGAGGUCUCGUCUCCCUUGUUCUUUCUUCCCAUAUGCGUGUGUGCAGGCGAGAAUGCCUCGGCUGUGCGCGAUAAUGUCAUCGACAUGCUUAUCCACAGCAUUGCAGAGAUCGCGCAACAUUGGGAUCUUUCCUGGAUGGCUCAAGGCAAGAGCAGCACCUCCAAGAGCAAGCAGCGGCUGCACCGGGCCACGUCGCGGACCAUGGAAGACCUACUCAGCGCCUUUGCCAAAGCAUCCCAAUGCAUUCGCGACCAGAACUUCAGACAUCGGAUGGAGGAGGAAGGAGGUAAGGCACUCAGGAGAGUCGAGAGACACCUCCCACGGACCAACUAUUGUCUUCUGUGAUGCCUCUCGGUCUGCCGGUCAGACACGGAGCACUUCCCCGUUUUCCUGCCCAUAGAAUCCUUCAAAGUCCGGAUCAUCCAAGCUACACUCGGCCGCGCAGCCGCAGACCUAGAUGACGAUGAGGGGGAUGACGACGCAGACACAGAGAAGGAGAAGACGACCGCUGCGAGUGCCAGCAAGGGCAAGAAGAUGCCUUCUUUCCUCAACCCAUAUGUGGAGGUGCAGUUUGUGCGGGCCAACAGGCGGACGGGGCAGUUCGUCAGCCAAAUGCAGAUGGGGAGACGGCCGCGAUGCACUAGUACAAAACGGCUGACCGAUCAGCCGACAUGGAAUGAAGUAAUCGUCCACACACACACGGAGACACAGAGACCCGGACAGGAAACGACGCUGCUCUGGUUUGUUGUUAUCAGACAUUGGAGUUCCACAAUAUGGGAGGCGAGAUAGCCGAUGAUCUGUACUUCUUGCUGACGGUGUGGGACUCUGGCAUGGUCCUGCGGCCCGGCGGCCGCAUCCUGGGGCAAAUCGCCUUCCCAUGCAGCCCAUCGGCGUGGCGCAAACGCCAAGUGGAGCGCAAGAAGUCGCAGAACAUGGACGACGCCCUCAGCGGACUGCACCAACGAUCGACCAUCAAAUCAGCGGUGUGCAGAAUCAGAAAGGUCACCCAGCAAAGUGUUUUCUCUGUGGCCUUUUUGUGUGCAGGUGCAUUACCAGCGGUUACACCAGGAGGCGCGCUUCAAGGUCAUCAGGAAAAGGGACGCAACCACAGCAGCCCAGGACGAGAAGGCCUCCAGCCAAGACGACGACAUGAGUUUUUCACUCCAGCCGUCGUCCCGCCAGAACAGCCGCACCCUGGACGACACUGACGCCCCCUUGAAGCGAUGUCUCGAAAUGCUGCCGUGCUUCCGCAAAGGAGGAGACUACCAGGAAAGGCCACAGACGCGAGGGAUGUUGAAGUUCCAGGUCAUGUUUGAACCUGACGAGCACACGGAGAAAAUUGCCGAAGAGGACGAAAGGCAGCGCGCCGACCGUCUGGCAAUGAUGAACAGAGCGAGCGGCGAGCAGUCAGAGGCUGCCGUAGAGGGUUUGCUGGGUGCGGCCCCCUCGGCUGACACGCUUCGCAACAGGAAGGUGAGCAUUGCGGACGGCCUGGUGACAGAAGCCUUUCCCCUGAGUAAGGGGAGCUAUCGAUCGGGCAAAGGCGCGGCAGAGAUGGUGCGGAUGGCUUCGCUUCUCCGUGACAGUGAAGACCACGGUACUGUCCCGACCGGGGUCCUCGUGAAGUGGACGGACAGUAAUGGUAUCCCAGCGGACUUGAGAAGCCUCUCUGGCGCAUACGAGAUGGCGGGGCGGCAGGACGGCAGGCCGUACUAUGCGAAGCCGUCUCGGGACGGCAGCAUGACUUGGUAUCUGUUCUGGUCUGUGGCGAGGGAGAUGUGGCUGCUGGCCGACGUGGUGGGGUCGACCAGCCCUGUUGCCUUCUCGUCAAGGGAGGAGAGAGACGACGACGAAGAGGGGCAGCCGGCGGCUCUCUCUCCUGACAAAGCCGCGCAGCCCUGGUUCCUACAUGGGGUUGGCCAUUAGAUGUCAAACAACCGGUGAGACACGAGUCUUCUUGUCGUGUAUCUGUGGAUACCAGGUUUGUAUGGAACGGCCACAGCGGAUGGGACGAAAACACGGCAUUCUCUGUCCUUCCUGACCCUGGUACACACGACCCCCCCAACAAACACAACACAUUCCUUGCCUGUGUGUCUCUGCGUGUCUCCCUUGUCCUGCCUGCAGGGGUCCCCCGCUCUCGAUUCGAGGUCCCUCUCCCAGGUGCGGUCCCCUGGGGCACUUACAGACCGCGGCCGCCCAGUGUGUCUAGCCUCCCUCCCCCGCCCCUGCCCGGCGGGAUGAAGCUCAACCAAGAGCAGAAGAUUCAGGUCACGGCCAACCAGUUCUCCCAGACGACGGCCAUGCUGAGGAAGGGGGCGCGGGGGACUGUUGAGACAGAAAGGGAGAGGGGCAAUUUGUCGCGUGAGGGGAGUCAGAGUCUGCAGCAGAUGGUGGCACAGGCCAUCAGUGGGGAUGCGGGGAAUGGGUGUGAGACACCGCACUCGGCUGCCUCACAGGCGCCUUCACCGAGAUGAAUGGAGGUUUAUUGUUCUUGGUCCACAUGGUGUCGUGCUGGCCGGGUGGGGGAUGCAGUGUCGAGUUUGUUUUGGUUUGGUUUGGCCAUACGUAUGUGUGGGCAGUGCAACGCAGUGGACUGUGUGUGUGAUGUCUGCAUGGCACGAACGGGCGAAGCCCGUCUACGUGCGGCCUCUGCGUGCUGCAAGGUGUGUGUCCAUGAUGCAUGCGUGUGUGCGAAGACGUGAAUGCGUUCGCGUUUUGUGUGGUCGAUUUUUGGC